UUCACGAACAUCGAGUGGCGGCACAUUAGAUCUAUAGAUAAUCCCGCGGACGCAUUGUCAAGAGGUCAACUACCUUACGCGUUUGCUCAGAAUCGCACAUGGUUUACAGGGCCACAUUGGCUAGCAGAGAGCGAAAAAAGGUGGCCAUUCGAAGAUUUACGAGUGAGUGAGAUACCGGAACUGAAAAAGAAUGUCUGUCUAACGGCAACUUUAGUUGAUAGUGGAAUACUCGAGAGAUAUUCUUCUUAUCAUAAAUUAUGCAGAAUAAUAGCGUAUUGCCUUCGAUUCAGGGUCAAUAAUAAAUACUUCGGUUCGAUAAAUUCGGAAGAGAUAGGUAAAGCCGAAAUACGAAUACUAAAGCUAUUGCAAAUUAGUCGAUUUUCCAACGAAAAUAAAGCACUGGAAAAAGGACAUCUGAUUAAUAAAGGUAGACUCGCUAAUUUGAAUCCGUUUUUAGAUACAGAUGGUUUAAUUCGUGUCGGGGGGCGACUUCAAUCUUCUAAUCUAACUUUCGCACAAAAACAUCCUAUCUUACUUCCGAGCAAACAUGGUUUAACUGAUAGUAUUAUUCGUGAAACUCACGAGAGGUAUCAUCAUCCUGGCAUACAAACUACAUUAUAUUUCAUUCGUCAAAAAUUUUGGUUACUAGACGGCAGAAAUCAGCGAGUAAUAGGAGAUUCAUUAUUUACAUUCGAGGAGUUAAACACAUUUGUGACCGAAGUCGAGGGUAUUGUGAACUCAAGGCCAAUCACAUAUAUUUCGUCCGAUCCAAAUGACUUACUCGUAUUAUCCCCGGCUCAAUACUUAAUCGGCAAACCUCUCAGUGCUCUUUCUGAGGGCGAUUUAUCACAUAUUCCAGUUAAUCGGCUAUCAGUCUGGCAACACAUUAACAAGGUCAGACAGGAUUUUUGGGCUCGUUGGAGCCUCGAAUAUUUAAAUGAGCUCCAAACACGGAGUAAAUGGAAGAAAGACGGAACAAAUCUCGAAGUGGGAACUGUGGCAGAAUCACACAAAUUCAUCCAGGCGACGAUGGAGUCGUACGAACUGCCACCAUCAAAACAAAAAACGGAGAAAUAA